ACCAUCUCUGCCCAUCUGUGCUACCGCUAGCCUUGGGCACCCAGCUGAGUUCAGCUACUCGGACAGCCGGAGGACAUGGCGGGCCAGGUUAUAAAGUGCAAGGCUGCUGUGGCCUGGGAGGCUGGCAAACCUCUUUCAAUAGAGGAAAUCGAGGUGGCACCCCCAAAAGCUCAUGAAAUUCGAAUUAAGAUUAUCGCCACUGCUGUUUGCCAUACCGAUGCGUAUACUCUGAGUGGGGCAGACCCCGAAGGAUGUUUUCCCGUGAUUUUGGGACAUGAGGGAGCUGGAAUCGUGGAGAGUGUUGGUGAAGGAGUGACUAAGCUUAAAGCAGGUGACACUGUCAUCCCGCUUUAUAUCCCACAAUGUGGAGAAUGCAAAUUUUGCAAGAAUCCCAAAACAAACCUUUGCCAGAAAAUAAGAAUUACCCAAGGGAAAGGAUUAAUGCCCGAUAAUACCAGCCGGUUUACCUGCAAAGGGAAGCAAAUUUUUCAUUUCAUGGGGACCAGCACAUUUUCUGAAUACACCGUUGUGGCUGAUAUUUCUGUUGCUAAAAUUGAUCCUUUAGCACCCCUGGACAAAGUUUGCCUGCUUGGUUGUGGCAUUUCAACUGGUUAUGGUGCCGCUGUCAACACUGCCAAGGUGGAGCCCGGCUCCACAUGUGCCGUCUUUGGCCUGGGAGGCGUAGGCUUGGCCGUAAUCAUGGGCUGCAAGGUGGCGGGAGCUUCCCGCAUCAUCGGAGUGGACAUCAACAAGGACAAAUUUGCAAAGGCCAAGGAGUUUGGAGCUACUGAGUGUAUUAACCCUAAAGAUUUCAAGAAGCCCAUCCAAGAAGUGCUGGUGGAAAUGACUGAUGGUGGAGUAGACUUUUCUUUCGAGUGUAUCGGUAAUGUUGGAGUCAUGCGAGCUGCCCUGGAAGCCUGCCACAAAGGAUGGGGAGUCAGUGUGGUGGUUGGAGUGGCUGCUUCAGGUCAGGAGAUCUCCACUCGUCCAUUUCAGCUGGUCACAGGACGUACAUGGAAAGGGACAGCCUUUGGAGGAUGGAAGAGUGUAGAAAGUGUUCCAAAGCUGGUGUCUGAAUACAUGUCCAAGAAGAUCAAAGUGGAUGAAUUUGUGACUCACAACAUGCCUUUUGAUCAAAUUAAUGAAGCCUUUGAGUUGAUGCACACAGGAAAGAGCAUUCGAAGUGUGUUGAAGCUGUAAAUUUGAAAGCAGAAAUUGAUCCCUGAGCUCCCCAUGGCUCCCUUUCUCUUGAAGCCAAGGAUUUCCCAGCCCUUCAACCUGCCGUAGUCAUCGGAUCUUAUGAAAAAUGGUUAUAUGUAAUUCAGGAUGUUGCUGUUGAAUGCUGUAGGGUCACAGAUCUCUUUUCUAAUUGCUACCGAGAUUGUUUCUGAUCUAAUUGUAUAAUUAGAUAGAUUAUAUCUUCAAGAUAAAAAGUAAUUUCUACACAGUUAUGUUCAAGUUUGGCUUUUAUUCUCCAAUUUUUUUUGCCUAGAAGAGGUAUAUGAAGGGAGGAAGUUGGAAGACCUGCAUUCAAGUUUUGCUGUUAACUCAAAGACAAAUACGCAAAUCAUUGAUGAAAGUCCAAAUUAGCUCAUUAUUUUCUACUAAGAACUUAGCUUUAACAACUAAUGAUAUAAAAAAAGAUCAAUAAAGAUUCAUUUUUAAAAA